AUGUCAACCACGGAAACAGAUUUGAGAGAUAGCUGGCAGGACUCUACCACAGCCCAGUUCGGGGACGAGCACAAGCGCGCGGUACAUCUAUUUGAACAGAAGAAUCACACGCGGACCUUAUAUUGCAAAUCUUGCGAGGACAUACGAUUCCAAGAUGAGAAUGGCACAACAGUGUGGAAUACGCAUGGCAGUGGGCAGAUAACGCUCCCAGCGGGCAUACGUGUUCUUGCGAAAGGUGGAUGGGCUAUGUGUGAAUGA